CUCAACUAGAUUCUAUUGCUGGACCUCGGCAUGUUCCACUUUGACACUUGCACUCCCCGCGUUUCCACUUACUUGGUUUCCCCAUUUCAUCAUCCACUUCCUUUUGACUUCCUGUUUUCACUCCUCCUGAAAUAACUACUCCGUAACAAUUAAUACUAUCCAACUCCCGCUCUCCCACUCACUUACACAGAGAAAGCCAGACCUACACACCGAAAGAGAAAAUGUCUCAAUCCUUCACCCCCACCGAUGUCGCUGCGCACAAUACCCCGGACAAGGGUCUCUACAUCAUCAUCGACAACACCGUUUUCGAUGUCACCAACUUCGUGGAUGAACACCCUGGUGGCGCGAAGAUUCUGAAGCGCGUGGCAGGCAAGGACGCUACAAAGCAGUUCUGGAAGUAUCACAACGAGGGUGUGCUGAAGAAGUAUACGCCCAAGCUGAAGGUCGGAGAGAUCAAGGAAGCCGCCAAGCUGUGAAACCGAAGCCAACUGCGGAUAACGAUUCGAACCCAUAAUUGUCUCUAAGAUUGUCCUGUUUUUCUUUCCGCGGCUCUUCCCCUUGACCCCCAACGGAGGGUCCGUGUGGUUCCCUAUGUCUCGAUUCCUCGCUUCCGUGAUAGAACAAAAGAAGAGCAUGUACACAUAUACAGACAGAGGAACCGAACUCGUCUGCAGACACUGCAGCAUGUGUUAAUGGACUGUGAGCUAGAGAGAAGGAUGAGGGGGGGAUGAUCAUUUAUAUCAUACUGCCUGGGCUGGCGAUCUUGUGUGUGGAGGUCCCAAUCUUGUUGCUGUGCAUUAUUCGAGCGGGAGGGAUUAUGGUUUUUAUCAGUUCAAUUAUAUUCUUUUCACCCAAAGACGGCAUGUUUGCAUCCA